AUGACUCAGUUUGCUAAAAAAAUUGCUCAGUUCAACCUUGAGCGUAGAUGUCAUGGGAAAGUUUUCAGUUUCAGGCGUUUCAUUGGGUGUUUUUGGGAGAGAAUUAUUGAAUGUUCCCUAGGAAAGCCUAAACGGUAUCGAAUGUUGCAGCAUGGGGUGGUGCCCUCGCCGUCAUCUUCGGCUCGUUUUGAUAGCAACUUAACUCUCGCCCCGCAGCCCAACGGGAUGCCAGUUUGUCAUACCAAUGAUCACCAUUUAGAUUCAGAUUUGGUUGCUUUGAAGAUCAGUCUUUUGGGUGAUCGCGAAACCGGAAAGACUAGUUUUCUGGAAAGGUAUACGGGGAAUGAGAAUGAACCGGGUGGCUUGCAGAACGAAGGAUUGAAUCUGGUGGAUAAAACUUUAUCGGUUGAUGGGGCGCGCAUUUCAUAUUCAAUCUGGGAAUUAGCAGGAGAUGAAAAGUCUCGGGUUCACCUUCCUAAUGCCUGUAAGGACUCGGUAGCUAUACUGUUUAUGUUUGAUCUAACUAGUCGCCGAACCUUAGAGAGUGUCGUAAACUGGUAUCAGCAAGCAAGAAAAUACAAUCAGACUGCAAUUCCAAUUUUGAUUGGUACCAAAUUUGACGAUUUCAUUCAGCUGCCUAUAGAUUUGCAAGGGAUAAUCGCAAGUCAGGCAAGAGCAUAUGCGAAGGCCUUCAAUGCAACGCUCUUCUUCUCAAGUGCAACCCACAACAUUAAUGUAAACAAGAUCUUCAAGUUCAUCACUGCAAAGCUGUUUGACAUACCAUGGGAAUUGGAGCGAAAUCUCACCAUUGGUGAGCCUAUUAUUGAUUUCUAG